CGUGUCGUAAUUCUUGCGCUGUCUUUUUCCAUUAUGAAGUAUCACAACAAUUAAAACAACAUUCGACACAUAUUUAGCAUUCACAUUUCGAUAAAAAAAACACAAAUAUUUGGGAAUGGUACAGUAGGGGAUUUAUGUGAACACGCAGUGACAGCAUCUGCGUAGUGCCCGAAAAGUGAAAACCGCGCGUUAUGUUGUGUUUUCAAAAAGUGGGCCACAAGGUGCCUGCGUCAACAUUCGGUACUCGUUCACGCUACCGCACAUGUACGGAGGCUUCCCUCAAAGGGCCAAAUUGUGCGUUUACACAGAUAGAAGGUGUUAUCUUAACGUUAGGAAUAUCAAUUCGCGCUUGUUUGAAAGUUUGGUCUUUAUGUGAUCACCAUCGUAAACGAUUGGCCAAUCUUGUUGGCUUCCUUCCCGGGGCGUCCCCCGUUGUGUCCUGCCAAAAUAAAAAUAAAAAAAUAAAAUAAAGAAAGCACGAUUCGCAUCACGCUUAAUUAAGAACAGGACAAAAAAAAACGGUUGAAAAAGACAGACUGCUCUUGUGUUUCGUAUCUUGCUCUAUUCUGCGUCCCUGUUCACUGCGCUGUUGCUGAUAAUGCACUGAUAAGAAAUUGCCCACUUACCAUUCCCACAAAUCACAUUUAUAUAUCGCGCGUUUUGCGCCGUCCGCCUUGAUUUCGCGGCAAUUCGAUUCUUCAUCGUUUUCGGUUCCGUCGCGCUGUCAACCUCGCGUCUCGCGAAUGAAUCACGAGACAGCGUGCCACGGGCAAGGCGUGCCCACAGAAUCGCGCAGCUGCUCGUGCGAACCGCACGACCCAAGAUCCAGCUUGGCUCCAGGGAUUUCGUCCAGCACUGCGUCCACACCUAGAGGCAGCCCAGCUACGCCGUGGAUGACGCCGAAGAACUUGACGCGAUCGCGAGGCUCCAACGAAAGCAUCUCCAAGAUGGGACCACGGAGUGGCCGCCUACGAGAGUCGGCUGCGUGCCUGGUCGGCAGCUGUCUCAGCGUGUGCCUGUCGGUCAACCAGCCCUUCUCCAGCGUUCGCUGCGUGCGGAGCAUCUUGGGCCAUCACCCGGUGGACCUCGACAAGUCAUGCACGGCCAGCGCAGCCGGUGAGUGCUGCCAGCUUGCGGAGCUGUCCGUAUGCAACAACUUCCUGUGGGUCAUCAUCAUCAAGCUACGCGAAGAACGGCUGGGCGUGGCUUACUUGCGCGAACGCGUGGUUCCUUUGGCCUUCAACAUGCGGCGCAGGCACGCGUUCCUUCUGGUUCGUUGGCCGCUGAAGGAGCACCGCUCCAUCGAGUUCCUGGAGCUGCUCGAGUCACGGAUGUCACCAAAGCAGUUCCAGUUACUGGACGGGGCGGAGCUUAGCGAACACCUGAGGCACGCCAGGCUCUGUUACCACCUGUUGGGCUACCCGACCAGGGACCUGAUGGACUCACUCCGCUCCACAGUGACCACGCUCGACACGCUGGAGAUUGUGAGCGUGGGCUUCUCGAGUGUAGGCGUCAGCAAGCUGUACGAGCUGUUGGACACGUGCGACGCCAUGCACACGCUCGUAUUACUUGUGAACUGCAUCGACGUGCCCGUGGCUCAGGCCUAGAUGCGAUAAUGCGCCGUGCUACGCGGCAGCGCCAGAUCCACGUCGCCGAGCGGUUCCUGACGAAUCACUCUCGCUUCGUGCUGGCCGACCUGGUGUCCUGUUCCACAGCCAUCGAGGAGCUCAUCUUUAGCGGCUGUGCGACAGGCACGUGCAGGACGCUGCACGGUCUCGCAGCGUUUUUCGUCCUCGUCGCCAGUCGGCGCGCGACACUGGAGACAUCCGAGAAGAUCAACUUUGAAGUGGCCGAGUUGGACCUUGAAAACGGCUCCAUAGCGUUGAGCGAAUCGAUGAGUGGCCAGACGCAUUUGUCUGUUGUUUCAGCUCAGCGCGAGGUUGUUGUGCAUGUCAGUGUAUAUUAAAGAGCUUUC